GGAGUACGGAGAAAUAUGCUCCCUACUGGCAAGGAGAAGGAAAUUGCGACCAUGAUGAGAUACGUGGUGUUGAUCUGCGCGCUGGCCGCGUGCGUGGCGUGGGCUGCAGAGCACGAGAACUGCGGUGAGUGCGACAGAGAGAAGUGUCCGCGUCUAACUGAAGCCAACUGCACGACGGGACUCGUGCACGACAAGUGUCAGUGCUGCUUCGCGUGCGGCCGUGAGGAGGGACAGUUGUGCAACAACCGCGACGAGAAGUGCGGCGAAGACCUCGAGUGUACCUUCAGGGAGGACCCGCGCUUAGAUGAUCAGCCGCAGGCGACGUGCGUAUGUAAGUACAGCGAGCUGCUGUGCGCCGAAGACGGACGUACGUUCCGCAACCUGUGUCAGCUGAUGGCCGAGUCAUUCCGCAGCAACACGACCAUCAAGCUCAGAAGCAGGGGACCGUGCCGAGCCGCUCCCAAGGUCAUCUCGUCGACGGGAGACAUGGUCGUCGAUGCUGGCGACGAGCUGAUGCUGGCAUGUGAGAGCGACGGCUACCCGAUACCUGUCGUCGGCUGGACGUACACCGGCGCCGCUGGCUCCUUCAUCAACCUACCAG